CCUCGAACCUCAAUCACUCAAUCGCCGUCCGUAGCAGUCGGCUCUCCUCAAGCCUCAAUUUCGCUGUCGCUCUUUGGCAUUUCGCUGUUUCAGUCAGCCGCAGAGGUGCUGUCGGAGUAGGGACGUAUGUUGUGAUUGAUUUACCGGAAGUGUCUUGUGCGGUGUGUGUGUGGCCUCCUGCGAUCGUGUUGCUUUCCUGUCACAAUCGCGAAAACAUGGCCGAAGCCACAGGUGCUGCGGUGGUUACGCCAACGAAUCCGAAUGCCGAAGUCGUUCGUGGACAGGUCUUCGAAGUGGGGCCCCGGUACACGAAUCUCGCCUACAUUGGUGAAGGCGCUUACGGAAUGGUCGUAUUGGAGAAAAAACGCCAAGCAGAAAGACCACGCGACCAGCGAAUUAAAAAUGAUCCAAUCAAGAAUGCUGAGUUAAAAGAAAAAGAAAAAGAGAAGUAUCACAGAAAGAAGGAAAAAGUACAAGUUAGAAGUAUAAAAGAUCUGACAGAUAGGGAACAGCGAGCUAUGAGAAAGAUAUGGAGAGAGCAAACUGAAAGAUAUAGGGAUCGUGUGAGGCAAAAAACUAUUGUUAAUUAUCCAGAGUCACCGCCGCCUUCGGACCACGAAGAUCCACACUUCGAUCCUCAAAUAUUGGACAAUAGAGCUUCAGGUGCCAAUAGACCCUCAGAAAAACAGAGGAAACGGAUAAAUGAGCUUAUCAAAAAACAAAAAAACGAAAUUGAUCGAUUAAAAAACAAGGUGAAGAGAUUUCAAAGGAAACUAGAUCACGUAAGAAGUCUAAAAAUGUCACCAAAGUCGAAAGUGGACCGAUUACUAAAAAAAAAAAACGAAACCAAGUAA